AUGGGUAAGUAUCCUCCUACCAGAACUUCGGUUGCCUGCUUUAAUUGCAGGAAAUCUAAAAUUAGAUGCUUUAAUAAAGGUGACGGCACCCCAUGUGACAGAUGCAAAAAAUCAAAAUUGGAAUGUAAGUAUUUGUUCACGGGUCGGCAGCUUCAGAAAACCAGUAAGAGCAAGAAGAAAGUGAAGAAAAAUACUGAAAAAACAUUGUUAAAUGCAUCACCACCUGGAUAUCCCUAUGCUUUUUCGACCAAUAUUACCCCUGUUGUGAUGCCAGAUAAAUCACUGUGGUUAGAGAUCGCGGAUAUCUUUUUUAAGAACCAAUAUCAAGGUAUUUUUCCUUUUAUUCACAAGCCUUCUUUUUAUUCUUUUCUAAGAUCCAAAGAAUUCAAUCCUUCUACGUACCUUACGGACUAUUAUAAUGGUCUCCAAAGUAAAGAAGGCUCUAUAAUACGCUGGCCUGACCCGAUUGUUCUUCUUGGAAUUCUUGCUCUUUGUGCCAGGUUACAUCCGACUUUGGUUCGUCGUUAUGGCUCUUUUAAUGAGGAUGAUAAUCCCCAUCUGUAUAAGCCCACUCUAAAUACAAAUGGAUCUUGUGACAAUGAUGCUAAAGAAUACAGCCCCCAUUCUGCUUCUAAGUAUUUUGGGUGGCAUGCUAGGAUGCUGCUACAGAAUGUAUUUGAUCGGCCAACAGUGCAAAGAAUUCAAGCAUUGACUAUGCUUAGUAGCCAUGAAUGGGGAGAAAAAAAUGUUGCCAGAAGCUUCUCCUAUAUAGGAAUAGCAGCUAGAAUGUCAUUAUUGUUAGGCUUGGGUGAACGAAAAUCGCUCUGUUAUACCGAAAGAAAGGAUAAUAAUGAAGAUCCUAAACAAUCAUUUAUAUUACAAGAAGUUAAAAGACGAACUUUAUGGUCUGUUUAUAUGAUGGAUAGAUGCAUCUCCAGUGGUCGAAAUAGAUCCUCAGCAAUAAGGGUAGAGGAUAUUAAAAUAUCUCUUCCAUGUUCCGAUCGAGAUUUCGCUUUUGGAAGUUCAGUUGAAUGCAUGACUUUUAAUCAAUUACGAGAUCAUUUGAAUUCAGAGGUACAUGAUUGUGAACUUGAAAAGGCUACUUCUACUACAUUUAUUAUUUUUGCUUUUGAGUUAUGGGCUCAGAUUGCAAAAUGGUCUGGAGAAGGAGGGGCAAGGAAUGAUACCCUCGAUCCAUGGUUGCCAAAUUCUGUAUAUUCUAAGUUCUCCUCUCAAUUAGAUACAAUCCAUGACUUCUUGCCCAGUAAUCUGCAGUACAACUCCAUUAAUCUCGAUGCACAUAUUGCAGAUAAUACUGCUGGCUCCUUUGGAUAUCUUCAUAGUUUAUUAUUUCUUUGUCGCACUUUUUUAAACAGAGAAUAUUUAUAUCUAUGUCCAAAGAAGCCGCAGAAAAGCUGGUGGUUUAAAUGUAUUGAUGAUUUGAUUUCUUCCAUUAAAAUGUGUUCAAUGCUGAUCAGCACUCUUUCUUCAUUAAAUUUAAUGGUUGUCGCACCGUUCACUGGAUUUCAAAUAUUUACUUCCGGUGGAACAUCCUUAUAUCUAGCCUCGUUUUCAUCUGAUAUUUUUGAAUAUUAUAUUAAAUCCCAUGGAUUUUCCAGAAACGACUUUAAAGAAAUAUCACUUCAAAAUGCGCGGCUCCUAAGACACUGGGGUGAUGUUUGGACGUUAGCAAACUGUUGGGUGGUAUAUAUAAAUCAAAUGAGAAAGGCAUUUGCUCGGAUGGCUUCUUUUGAGGAAACGUCGCAAGGUUCGCCAAUUCAUAGCAUAUUGCUAGACUAUGGCUCCCCUAUUAUUCAAGAUGAAAAUGAUAGAUUGGCAAAAUCUCCUGAAAAUCCUGCUCAGCAGACGCCUGAAGAUCUUAAACAGAACGAGCAACAAGCAGCAGUUGUUGAAACAGGUAAGAAAGUAUUACAGUCGAAUGCCGAGAAACAAUUUGCCUCAGAUUACUUUGAUAUUGGUUCUAUAUUUCCGGCUUGGUAUGACACUAUACAUGCAGAUGAUGAAUUCAAUUAUCAGUGGAACUAA